GACCCCGCUGGAGCGUCUCGACCACCAGGGGCCACGAUGUUCGGCUGGAUGGGAGGGGCCCUGUUGUGCGCCACUUCUGGGCUGGUCCUCCUCAUUGUUGCCACAGCGACGGACUUUUGGAUGCAAUACCGAUACUCCGGCAACCUCAGCAACCAAGGGCUCUGGCGCUUCUGUGUGGGGAACAAAUGCCACCCGCACACCAUCACCCUCGCUUUCUGGGACGCCACGAGAGCCUUCAUGCUCAUCUCAAUCCUCUCUUCCUUUGCUGGGAUUAUCCUGGAGCUGAUGACCUACUCUGGCACCAACCGCUUCUCCCGCAGUCGCUCGGCAGGGGUCACCCUCUUGAUCGCAGGACUCUUCGCCCUGCUGGGCCUCUCCGUCUACACCGGCGUGACUCUGAAUUUCUACAGCAAGCGCUACGCCGACUGGCGCUUCUCCUGGUCGUACAUUCUGGGCUGGAUCGCGGUCCUCCUGACCUUCUCAGCAGCUCUGUUCCACUUCUGUGCUGUCCGCAGAAAUUUGUCUACCGGUGGAUCCAGCGGGAUGAGUGGUUGACUCCCCUUUGUGGCCCCUUUGGCUCAAGUCCAUCCAGCUGGACGCCAACAAUCCCCUCCUCCCUUGUGCAGCCACGUGGCCCCCUUAUCCGCGUCCUUCC